AUGGAUGGCAUUCCUCCAGAAUACGUCAAUGCUAACAAUGCAGGGCGGAUCGUCGGCGUCGUUGGCGCUUUCCACUUCAUUGCUCUGGCAUUCGUCUCGCUGCGUGUUUAUGCUCGCGUAGUAAUCCUCAGAGCCUUUGGAGCCGAAGAUGCCCUCAUAGUGGCUGCCGCCAUACUCGCCCUUGUCUCUUGGGUCUGCCUGGUCCUUCAAAUACCUUAUGGUCUCGGUCGUCAUGGUUCGACAAUCCCGACAAACGACAGAAUCGAAUUCGAGCAGAUAUCUUUCUGGAAGACGGUUUUAUCAGAUGGCGUCGCGAUGGGACUGUUAAGAAUAUCGAUGGCAAUAAGUCUACUUCGACUAAAGAGGGACCUUCAAUGGUACCGAUGGUCGCUUUACGCCGUAAUUGGUUUUGUCAUUGCAUACUCGAUUCAAGCAAUUGCUUGGUUGUUUGUUUACUGCACGCCAUAUUCGGGCUGGUGGGAGUUUCAGUGGAUGAACCCCUUCGAUCCAAGGUGUCACGACUUCAAUCUGUUUAUUAAACUGACGUACUGGAAUAUCUCCUGUAACAUAUUUACCGACAUUUGCUUGGGAGUGCUACCGAUUCCCAUCAUCUGGCAUUUGAAGAUGAGAUUCCGCGUCAGACUUUAUGUGAUAGGCAUCCUUAAUCUUGGUUAUUUUGCAGUCAUCAUGGGCAUUCUCAAGGGUGUAUUCAUGUUGACCACAGGUGGCAGUCCAGAUGCCAUAUUCGACUAUUGGGUUCAUUUCUGGCAAAAUCUUCAACUCAACAUCGGUAUCAUCGCAGCUUGCGCCUCCUACCUCAAGCCUCUAUUCGGUCGCCUCUUGAAGAUCAACAGCUCAGUCGACUACUACCCUAGCAACGAACGCUACGGCCGAAGUGGUCAGACGCCCCUUGGCGGCGGUGCCUCUCGCAACACCCCCUACGCGAGCGGUAACAGGAGAACCAGCAGGAUCCCGCUGGAUCGCAGUUUACAUGACGAGUUCGAGAUGCAUACCAAGGACGAGUUCAGUGUAACUGAAAGAUAUGUUUCUGGCAUAGGUACUAGAGCUGACGUGGUGCGCUCGCCGAUCGCUAUGGAAGGCCGAUGUUCCGCUGAAGCUAUGUAUGCUGGUACUUUGCCUUCCGAUACGAACAGCGAGGAGAUUAUACUACAGAAAGAGCAUGGAAGAGGGAUUGUCUGCACGAGGGACUUUAGUGUCAAGUACAGCGAGAAUGAUAGGUUUGGGCCAAUAGGUUCAUCGAAGUCAUAA